GCAGGACGAGCGGUCCCAGCAAAGGAGCGGUGAGGGCACCCGCGGGGAGGGGAGGGUCGAAAGGAGAGGGCCGGGCUGGGAGGAGAGCUGGCGCGAGGAAGCUGGCCCUGCGGCGCCGUAGGCUCCCGGCAGCGAGGCGGCGGGGGGCUGAGCCGGCGCGCGGCCGGAGAGCGAGAGCGCCGGGGCUGCGGCGGCUGGAACAGGUCGCUCCACCCCGCCCAGGAUCAGGCGAGGGGGAACGGGCUGGGCUGCGGCUGCCAACUCGCGCCGAGCGCGUGUGCGAACUCCCCGAGCGGCGUCCGGCGCCCGGCCUCCUCCCUGCGGGGCGCGCGCUCCUCGCUCCCCCGGCCCGCGGCCUCCCCCGCAGCCCUUCCCCACUUUUCCCCCCUUUGGCAAUCACAUGGCAUUUUAAGAAUGCCGGAAAGAUGGCGGUAGCGGCGGCGGCGGCGGCGGCGGCAGGGCCGAGCGGCGGGGGAGGCGGCCGGGCGCCGCGGAGCGGGCUGCUGGAAGUUUUGGUGCGGGAUCGCUGGCACAAAGUUCUGGUGAACUUGAGCGAGGACGCCCUGGUUCUGAGCUGCGAAGAGGGCGCCGCGGCGUACAACGGCAUCGGGACCGCCACCAAUGGCUCGUUCUGCAGGGGCGCCGGCGGCGCGCAGCCCCCGGACUCGCCCGCCGGGGUCCGCACCGCCUUCACCGACCUGCCGGAGCAGGUGCCCGAGUCCAUCUCCAACCAGAAGCGCGGCGUGAAGGUGCUGAAGCAGGAGCUGGGCGGGCUGGGCAUCAGCAUCAAGGGGGGCAAGGAGAACAAGAUGCCCAUCCUCAUCAGCAAGAUCUUCAAGGGGCUGGCGGCGGAUCAGACCCAAGCCCUGUACGUGGGCGACGCCAUCCUGUCUGUGAACGGGGCCGACCUGCGGGACGCCACCCACGACGAGGCGGUGCAGGCGCUGAAGCGCGCCGGCAAGGAGGUGCUGCUGGAAGUGAAGUACAUGCGAGAAGCCACACCCUAUGUGAAGAAAGGCUCCCCAGUAUCAGAGAUUGGCUGGGAAACACCUCCGCCAGAAUCCCCUCGGUUAGGGGCCGGGUCCUCAGAUGCCUUGUCAUCACAGCCGUGCUCCUUCCACAGAGAUCGGAAGAACAUCCCCCUCAAGAUGUGCUAUGUCACCCGGAGUCUGGCCUCUGCUGACCCUGAGAACAGGUUGCCCAGCUGUCCCGCAUUGACCUGCAGAGCCCAAGCAGAGAGGAUGGCUUCCAGCCACAGGAAAUCCACAUCCAGCCUGCAGAAGCAUUUCAGUCAGCAUCCAACCAGGAAAACAGACUACUCUAGGCAGCUUGAAAUCCACUCUCCAGAUGCUAAGCACACAGUGAUCCUAAGGAGCAAGGAUUCAGCCACUGCCCAGGCCUGGUUCAGUGCCAUCCAUUCCAAUGUUAGUGACCUGCUGACCCAAGUGAUUGCUGAGGUCAGAGAGCAGCUGGGGAAAACAGGCAUUGCUGGGAGCCGAGAGAUCAGGCAUCUUGGCUGGCUUGCAGAUAAGGUGCCCGGGGAGAGCGAGAAGCAGUGGAAGCCGGCACUGGUCGUACUGACUGAGAAGGACCUUUUAAUCUAUGACAGCAUGCCGCGGAGGAAGGAAGCCUGGUUCAGCCCAGUUCACACGUACCCUCUUCUUGCCACCAGGCUGGUCCAUUCAGGUCCAGGCAAAGGAUCGCCCAAGGCUGGUGUGGAUCUGUCCUUCGCGACACGAACAGGCACCAGGCAGGGGAUUGAAACACACCUGUUCAGGGCCGAGACCAGCAGGGACCUCUCCCACUGGACGAGGAGCAUCGUGCAGGGCUGCCACAACUCGGCGGAACUGGUCACCGAAGUCACUACCGCUUGCACCUACAAAAACCAGGAGUGCCGCCUGACCAUACAUUAUGAGAAUGGAUUUUCUAUUACCACUGAACCACAGGAGGGUGCCUUUCCCAAGACAAUCAUACAGUCUCCCUAUGAAAAGCUGAAAAUGUCCUCAGAUGAUGGAAUCAGGAUGCUGUACUUAGAUUUUGGAGGCAAAGAUGGAGAGAUUCAACUAGACCUUCAUUCCUGCCCCAAGCCGAUUGUUUUCAUCAUUCACUCCUUCCUGUCCGCGAAGAUCACAAGACUGGGCUUGGUGGCCUGAACAGAGCAGAGGGGUGACUUGCCUUAGAGAAAAGGAGGGCUGGUGACAUCAGACACUAUGAGCGGCACACCAUUUGUGGCAUGCCACGGUCAGCUUUGGAUCCCCAAGUCCUCUCACCUGCCCGACUUCUCUGUCAGCUUCACUGAUGACAAGGGGGGCCCCCAAGAAAACACCAUGAGAAAUAUCAGAAAGAAAGCGGGCUUUUUAGAACAGUAGAAGGGUAAAGAGGUGAGGGCAAAUGGAAAUAAAUACACACAGCCUAGCUUUGAAAUAAUGACAAGCAGGGACAUCACGAACAUGAGAACAGCACGCGCAGAUCUUAAUCAUACCAGUUUCUAGGCAACUGGUUCACCCAGGUAAGCAAGAACUGAAUAGUUGAGGAAUGGACAUUUUCACCUCUCUCGCCCCCAGUAACAAUGAUCCCUUGUCUUAUUGUGAUUUAUUGCCUACUUCUAAUUGAGUUGACUUCUGCUGGUAAGAAAAGAGAAAGUGCUUCAAAUGGAAACCCACCUUUUAUUUUAAGUAUGAAGCAGCUGUAAUUCUCUUCUUAAUGAAUUAUCUUUCAAUGAUGUAGAGUGAUCCUGAAGUAUUCUCAUUAGCAUAUGCUGAGCAGGAAUUAAAUAAAGCAUCAGAUACUGAUCUGAGCUGGAAGCUGGUGGAAUCUGAGCCAAAGUAGACUGUUUAUAUUGCAAAGCUUCACGGUGCAGAAGAGUAGUGUGCUUGAAAGACGAUUAAUCUGGGGACUGCACUCACACCAAGGUGUGCUAUCUUAGAGCCAAGACUGAUAGCUUUACUUAUAGAAAGCAAAUUAUGGAUAUUUUUUUAAAAAGAUUGUCAUUUGAGAUGUAUAUGUAACAUAUAUAUCUCAUAUAUAUAACAUAUAUAUAAACAACUUACAUGUGGUUAACUAAUUAUCCCCAAUCCGUGGUUUUCAGUGGAAGUACUGAGCAAUUUAUUGACCCUUGUUUCUGCCUGUGCUUGUAUGCAUGCAUUUUCAAACCAGUCCUAGAGCAGCCUCAUAUAAUUCUGACAGUAUCCACAGCUCUUAGGCAUUCCAGGGAAAUAAUACAACGACCUGAUUAUUUUUCUACAAGAAUAUUUUUAGACAACAUAGAGCGUAUUACUGAUUUAAUGCUUUUAUUUUUACCUUUCAAUACAAAUUCACCAAAAAGACACCUAUAUUAUUUGAUUUUGGAGUCACCUUCCUGGAACCUUAAAAAUUAGUUCUAGAGUUUACGUAAGCAUUUGUAACCCUUCUUUACCCUGUAGUUUACAUAAACAAAUGCUCUGGAUUUGAUGUGUGUUUUUUUUUCAGAAUUGUCCUUCAGCAAAUACCUAUGCAAAGAGCUUUUAAAAGUGAAACUGUUUUAAAGGGAUGUAAUUUUGCCCACUGAGACACAUAUGUUUAUUGAGUUACAAAGCAGCGUCCAAAGUAUGUAUCAUGUAACACUAGUUCCAAAGGGCAUUGACUGAGGGGUGUUUUGGGGGGGGCGGUGAGAAUGAGGUUUGAUGAUCAAAAAUGUGUUAAAUAUGGAGGUAGGAAACAGAUUUCAUGAUCGUGGGCCUCCUCAAAGACUUUAGUGUAAACAUUGUGAUUCUUCAAGGGGGUAUCCCAUGUACUUACAGAGCACCUUUCUGACAGAGCAUUUUAUGAAGCAAAUGUUUUAAAAAAACAAAAACGGGUGCCUGGCUGGCUCGGUCGGUAGAGCAUGCGACUCUCGAUCUCAGGAGUCUCGAGUUCAAGCCCCAUGUUGGGUGUAGAGAUUACUUUAAAAUAAAAUAAAAAAUAAAGUAAUAAAAUUAAGUAAAUUAAAUAAAAUUAAAUAAAAGCCACCCGUUUGCUGGUAGAUGAGGUGAGCCUUAACACUUUGGGAAAACACAGCUUUAGGUCACUGAUUUUGUUUUUGGUUUUUUUUUUUUUUGGUUUCCCAUUUUAAAAUGCUGAAGAGUGAAAUUCCACCCUGAAUAUUAUAGGAAAGCUUUGAUGCAUUUAUAAAUUAUACUGCACUCUUUCAUUACAUAUUUUCGAAGUCACUGGAAUGUUGUUAUAUAAGAGAAUUAUGCAUUGUAAAUAACAUUAAAAUACAUAUAAUAAUGCCAAUAGUUCAGUUCAACAAUAUGUAAUUUAAGGUGCUCAGUACUACAUGAAGUAUGAGUUAAUUACUUAUAAUUAAAUUGCAAAGAUCCUAUUCUAUAUUUAUAGAAAAAUUAAAGUGAUAAUUACAAGUAUUUCUUCAUCACUUACGUUUUAGACUGAUUAAUAAAUGGGUGGGGUCAACAAAUUACUUUCUCUGCAUUUAUAAAAACUUAAUUUAAAUAUUUAUAUUUUAGAAAAAAUACAUUUGAAUAAAUUAAUGCAUUUUCUGAAUUAAAAUGUAUUAGCAAGAAGUAGACAAUUUUACUAAGAGAUUUGUGUAUAUGAAUCCUUGUUUUUUCCUUCAAAGUUAAGUGUAUCAUAUCAGAGUGGCUAUGAUGAAUCAAUUUCAAAUACUCAUUUUUCCUUGUUCUGAAUUGAGGAAAUUACAUAAUAAUUUUACACUGUAGAUUUUAAUCUUGUCUUCAUAUGUGUUAUGAAUGUUGUGAAUGACACACAGACGUCUGGAUCAUGCCUGGGUACAGUGAAUCAAUGGAUUCAUUUUGGGGAAUUUGUUUUUGUCCAGUCUGCUCUGUGCUUAAUCCGUUUCUUAUUUGAAUCAAUGAAUUAUUAAAUUCACGUUUGUCCCUUUAAGGCCAAAUCAAUACAAAUGGCUGAUGUUUCAUCUGUACUUAGUGGGAAGCCACCCAUUUGCUGGUAGAUGAGGUGAGCCUUAAGCAUCCAGGGAUUUAAAGAAGGCCAAUAGGAAUACAGUUAGCAAUCUCUUUUCUGACUUGAACUAAGUAGAAAAACCAUCAACCUCUUAAAAACACCCAGGUAGAGGCAUUUAAUUAAUUUUUUCGAUUGAUGUAAUUAAAAUGCUGAAAAAUGCAUUCGCCUGAAAUUAACGAGCAGAGCCUUUCUUUUACAAAUAUUAGGUAUUCCAUCUUGAGGGGAUUGGAGUGGACUGGGGUGAGGGAGUAAUAUUUGAAUGUACGUUUAGUUAAAAAAAUGUGCCUAUGUUUAUAGCACCAUGGAUAUCAUGUAAAAUUUAUAUAUGAAUUAAAUAAAUAUUCACCUCUGAAUAUGGUGGACUGCCUGGUGGUUUCAUGACAGCCACAGAGGGAGUGUGA